CCAUAAACACAAUAGCAUAAAAUGGAAAAAAAUACAUUUUGCAAGUGUCACCAAUGCUGCCCACUUUGCUUCAUUAGCGUUUGUCAUUUGUCACACGUUCGUUUAUCUCUCUCUUUCUUUCGCUCUCGCUUUGGCUUUAUUACAACGUUUCUUUUUUUGAAGGGCAAGCUUUAUAGUUUAAAAGUUAGUUCAAGUGUCUGUGUGUAUGUGUGUGCGUUUGUUUGUUUAUAUGUCAAGCAAUUUAUUUACGUAGCUAUCGAUAUAAACGUUAUCUGUAUAAAAGGCGAGCAGAAAUACGACAGAAAUUCCAAUAACUAAACCAAAGAUAAUAUGGCAAAGAAACUAAAAUCAAAUUGAAUAAAACCAUAAUAAAUAUAAACUUAAACGAAAGCAAGAACAAUAAAUUGCGCAAAAGCAACAGAAACAGAAACAGACAACAAAACAAUUUGCAAAUGAAAGCAAUAUAAAAGCGAAUUAACAAAAGUGAAGGCGAAAGUGCGACACGCCCACAACCCAACCCCCUGCCCAGCAAUCAACUUUGCUUUUUCAAUUGGAAUUCGAUAUCGAAUUCGAACGAAUGCGUGCGGCAAACGCCAGUCCAAUUCCACUGUACCCCAACGAUCAUGUCCAAGACGCAUCAUCAUAGUAACCACAGAAGGCAAUUGCCAGUGCCUGUGCCCGCCUUGCACUCCUCCAAUUCGCUGGAGGACAGCAGCGGCAGCGAGUCCUUUCUGCAAUACGACAGCGACAAGAAGCCGCCGCCCAUUGUUGUUGUGGUCGGAGACGGACGCAGUCGUGUCCGCCGCGUUGUGCGCACCGCCACGCGACACGUCACAGUCGUCAGUCUGUCCACGCGGCACAAGGAGUCGCAAACCCACACCUCGCAUCAUGUUACGGCCGUCAGCUUUCCGCAGAAGAGCAUUGAGCGCAGCGGCUCCACACAAUACGAUCUGGCCGGCGCACCCAUAGCGGCCAGCAGUGCCACCGAUGGUGGCAACUAUGUUUAUCUGCAGAAUCAUUAUGCGCCCGGCGCUGCACACAAUUCGGCGGCCAGCAUCAAUUACCCCGCGCCACAGCCCCAAAUGAUAUAUCAGCUGCAGCAGUAUCCCACGUGCCAUCAGCAGCAGCAACAGCAACAGCAGCAGCAGCAGCAGCACUUGCAACAGCAGCAGCACUAUAUGCAACAAGUGGCAGCAGCAGCAGCCAGUGGCAACUAUCAUCAUCACAAUCACACACAUCACCUGCUACACAGUCACAGCCAUGGACACCAUCAUCAUCAUCAUGCCGGAGCUGUUGUUAUUGCUGGCAGUGGCGUUGGCACUGGCGCAUCCAUGCUGCAACAUCAGCAGCAGCAGCAGCAACACCAACAGCAGCAGCAUCAACAGCAGCAGCAGCAGCAAAUGCACAAGAAGAACUCCAUACGAAAUGGCGGCGAUGUGCUCAAACGCACGCGCGCACAGUCAGCCUACGAGCUCUCACAGGAUCUGCUGGACAAGCAGAUCGAGCUGCUGGAACGCAAGUACGGCGGAGUGCGCGCACGCAAUGCGGCCGUAACCAUACAGCGCGCCUUUCGUCACUACAUGAUGGUCAAGAAGUUUGCCUCCAUCACGGCCAUGGCCAAGGCAGAGAAGCGUCUCAGUCGCCGCAUGGUCGUCACCGCCUCCAGUUUGACGCUGGCAGAGGAAAGCGGCGCAGCCUCAGUGAAUGUUUCGCUUUCGUCUGCCUAUGGCAGCGCUACAGAAUCUCAGCUGGAACAGCAGCAGCAGCAACAACAGCAGCAGCAGCAUCAACAGCAGCAGCAGCAGCCUAGAGUCACCAUUAUGGCUGGACCGCCAGGUGCUGCCUCGCCGGGAUUAGCGCGCACGCCGCCCACACGCUCGCUGAGCAUGCGAGAGCGACGACAGCUGGACAGCAGUCCCAUACCGCGCAGUCAGUCAGGCGCCUCUCCCGUUUCCAUUGCCAGCUCCACCAACUCUGUCUCCGCGCUCUCCUCCCAUCCACACGUCAAUUUGCUGCACGCCGCCGAGCCGCAUUACUAUGCCGCCCAGGCGCUGCCCACAGCCGCCUACUACACCAGCUACCAUGGCUCGCCGCAUGAGCUGAGCUACGCCAGCUCGGCGGACACCUCGCUGAACGCCUCGUGGGUGAACACCAGCGGCCACUCCCCACACACGCCCUACUACUCCGCCGCCCAGAUCUACAUGCGUCCCAAGGGCGGCAGCACCACGCCCACGCCCAGCUGCGGCAGCCAGGGCAGCGCCAGCGGCAAGAAGGUGCCGCCCGAGGUGCCCAAGCGCACCAGCUCCAUCACCGCCCAGCAGCAGAGCCAGCUGCUGUUGCUGCAACGCCAAACGCCGCCGCCGCCUUCGCUGCUGCGCACCAACGGACUCUGCAAGACCGCGGAGAACGGCAGCCUCACCAGCGUGCAGAGCUCGGGCUCGGACUCGAGUGUAACCUCCGCGGAGCGCAAUCUCAACUCGGAUCUGGGCUCGGAUCGCAGCAAUUCGCCGCACACUUGGAAGCGCGGCACGGCGCUCAACAGUUCACAGCAGUUCAGCACGCACUCCGCAGAGUCUGUGGGCGUGGCAGCCGCCCACAUGCAAGUGGCGGUGGCAGCAGUCACAGCCACUGGCGGCGUGCCCCCAACCGAUGAUCACGCCAUCAGCUCGCACACGAGUGCGGCGCAGUAUGAGCAGCACGAGCAGCAGCAGCACGAGGCGCAGCAGCAGCUGCAGGCGGCAGUGGGCGUGGCACAGAACUACAAGCUGUCCGAGACGAUUCGGAAGCGUCAAUACCGCGUCGGUCUCAAUCUGUUCAACAAGAAGCCGGAGAAGGGCAUCACUUAUUUGAUACGUCGCGGCUUCCUCGAGAAUACGCCACAGGGCGUGGCACGUUUCCUCAUCACGCGCAAGGGACUGUCGCGGCAAAUGAUUGGCGAGUACUUGGGCAAUCUGCAGAAUCAGUUCAACAUGGCUGUGCUCAGCUGCUUUGCGCUGGAGCUGGAUCUGUCCGGGCGGCAAGUGGAUGUGGCGCUGCGCAAAUUCCAGGCCUACUUCCGCAUGCCGGGCGAGGCGCAGAAGAUUGAGCGCCUCAUGGAGAUUUUCUCGCAGCGCUACUGCGAAUGCAACGGCGACAUUGUGGGCAGACUCAGAAGUUCCGAUACGAUCUUUGUGCUGGCCUUUGCUAUUAUUAUGCUGAAUACGGAUCUGCAUACGCCCAAUUUGAAGCCGGAGCGUCGCAUGCGCGUUGAGGAUUUCAUUAAGAAUCUGCGUGGCAUUGACGACUGCCAUGACAUAGACAAGGACAUGCUCUGCGGCAUCUAUGAGCGCGUCAAGUCGGACGAGUUCAAGCCGGGCAGCGAUCAUGUCACACAGGUGAUGAAGGUGCAAGCCACAAUUGUGGGCAAGAAGCCGAAUCUGGCGCUGCCGCAUCGUCGACUCGUCUGCUAUUGUCGCCUGUAUGAAAUACCGGAUGUGAACAAGAAGGAGCGUCCGGGCGUGCAUCAGCGCGAGGUGUUUCUCUUCAACGAUCUGCUGGUCAUUACCAAAAUCUUUAGCAAGAAGAAGACCUCAGUCACAUACACGUUUCGCAAUAGUUUCCCAUUGUGCGGCACUGUGGUCAAUCUGCUGGACAUGCCCAACUAUCCGUACUGCAUUCAGCUGUCGCAGAAGGUCGACGGCAAGAUACUGAUCACAUUCAAUGCGCGCAACGAGCACGACCGCUGCAAGUUCGCAGAGGAUCUCAAGGAGUCCAUUAGCGAAAUGGAUGAAAUGGAAGCGCUGCGCAUUGAGGCCGAGCUGGAGCGUCAGAAGUCAGCGCGCAAUCGUGCCCCAGGCAAUGCCGAUAAUCGCGACAGCGGUGUGGCCGAUGUCGAAGUCUGUCCAUGUCCCUAUCCGCCGGGAGCGCAGGCCGCCGGCGAGCAGGCGCCCAACUCUGCGGAUUCGACGCAGCUAAAGCGCAGCGCGCUUAGCAACAGUCUGCUGGACAUGCACGAGCAAUUUGGCAACGAGAAGCCGCAGCGUCGUGGCAGCGUCGGCAGCUUGGACAGCGGCAUGAGCGUGAGCUUUCAAUCGACCACCACCUCGAGUGCAUCGCGGGAGAACGCAGCCGCCGCCAUAGCCGCCUCCAAGAUGCGUUUCCAGCUGGCGCCCGCAGCAGCAGGCGGCGCCAUGGCCACGCCCAGCAAUGUGUAUGCCGCACCAGGCAUGCAGGCCUAUACGCAUGCCAACUUCAUGCAGCAAUCCCAAGCGGCGUACAUGCUGCAGCAGCAGCAAAUGAUGCAACAGCAGCAAGUGGCACAAGCUCAAAUGCAACUGCAGGCGCAGGCGCAGGCACAAGCCCAAGCACAAGCGCAAGCUCAGGCGCAGGCGCAGUCUGAAGUCAGAGGACGCAUACCAGGACGCGAGCGUAAAUCCUCGCGCUCCGAUGACUCGCGCUCCACGGAGGUCUAAGCUUUGUACAUUCAAUUCAAAUUUAUCACUCUCUCUAUAGCUUCAUGUAGUCUCCGAAAGAAAACGAAACGAAACGCCAUUUAACACACACUUACACACACAUAUGCAGACCACAUAGUAAAUUCUUAAAUGUUCCUUCGUUCUCUGCUAAUCUAAUUAAUUAACUUGUAUAUAAAAUUGAAAACAAAUGAGUGGAAAGAGUUAAUUUUUUGUGUCUUUGAAAAGUUUAGCCAAGUUUUCAAAACUAUUUGUACAUAAUCUUUAUCAUACGAUAUAGUAACCUACAUAUAUAUGUAAUCUUUAAACUUAUACACAAGUAUAUAUGCUAACUCUUUAUUCAGUACACUACCCUCUAUGAUAAUCGCAUUUUAUACACUUGGACAGCCACUACCAGGCAGCUAACAACAAAACACUUGAGCAACUCUGCUAGCAUUUUUCUUUUGUAUCUAAUACCUUACAAACUAUCCAAACUACACAUAUACACACACACACACACACACACACAUAUAUAUUUAUAAUUGUAGUACUAUUAUUAAAAACCAAUUCGCGCUCUUUGUGCGCGCGCUAUUGUAUAUUUUGUAACUCUUAUCCCAAAAUCUAUAUAUAUAUAUAUUUGUGUGUAACUAAAAACGAUCGUAUAUACCGCAGGUCUGUGUGCGUGUGGUAUAUACCAGGAAUAUUAACUUAAAAGCAAUUAGCUGUAGCUAUGCAUAUUUAUAGAGCCAAAACUACCCAAAACCUACGAGUAUAAUUAAACAAUAAUAAUAAUAAUAAUAAUACCUAAUGUAAAACGCAAAGUGUAUGAAAAUCGAAAACCCGAUAUUGUAUAUGAAAAAGCAAAAGACUUAA